AUGGGUUUUCCAAGAAUUAGUUUCACUAACUCCGUAGAGCCUCUGCACACCUCAUUCCCCUCAAAAGCUCAAAUUUUGGGCACUACUGAGGAUCUUGAUUACUAUGAAACUGAUGAUUCUGAGGUAAAACUCAAGUCUUUUCUGUACAAAAUGAUCUGGGAUUUUGGUUUAGCUUGUCUGGUUUCACCUCGCCGGCGACGGAGCUCCGGCGAGGAACAGAUGGUUGAGGGAAAUUGUGGUGGAAACACUUUGGAGCACAACAAGGCUUGGUUGCUUGCGGAAUCUGGUGGAUGCGGUACAGAGGAGCCUCACUCAGUGCACUCGUCUUUUAGGUUCAGUUUCUGCUCUCAGGUGGAACUUGAAUCAAUGAAUGUGAACAAAAGCUGUUCUUCCACCACUGUAUUAAUGGUAAAUUUGGAUAAUGGAUUGCUGUCUGAUUCCAAGUCCAGAGAGUUGAAAUGGAGAAGAAUUGAGUCAUUGGAGAGGAGUAUCUCUCCAGUGGCUCACUCCUUGAUUAGAUUCAGCUAUUCAGAAAUUCUAUCUGCCACUAGAUGUUUUUCAAAGGGUAGAGUCUUGGGCAGAGGGGCUUUGAGUUGUGUAUUUAGAGGACGAGUGGGAUUUCUGAGGACUGCAGUGGCAAUUAAGCGAUUGGAUAAGGAAGAUAAGGAGUGUUCAAAGGCAUUUUGUAGAGAAUUGAUGAUUGCUAGUAGUUUACGUAACCAAUACAUUGUUCCUCUUGUGGGAUUUUGUAUUGAUGCUGAGGAAGGCUUAUUUUUAGUCUACAAGUAUGUUUCCGGUGGAAGCUUAGAGCGUCAUUUGCACGGGAAGAAGAGGGGUGUGAAGGAUCGUCCUGCACUUCCAUGGUCGGCUAGGUAUAAGGUCGCCGUGGGGAUUGCAGAGGCAGUUGGGUACCUACACAAUGGACCUGAAAGAUGCAUUGUUCAUAGGGACAUAAAGCCCUCCAACAUCCUUAUUUCUUCCAAGAAGUCUCCCAAGUUAUGUGACUUUGGAUUGGCUACAUGGACUCCAGCACCUUCAGUGCCAUUCCUUUGCAAGACUGUCAAAGGCACAUUUGGAUACUUGGCUCCUGAAUAUUUCCAGCACGGAAAAGUGUCUGAUAAAACCGAUGUUUAUGCCUUAGGCGUUGUCCUCUUGGAACUAAUAACUGGCCGGAAGCCAAUUGAGUCUAAAAGAGGACCAGGAGAAGAAAAUUUAGUUUUGUGGGCAAAACCAUUACUCCAGCAAGGAGCUGUUCAAAAAUUGCUUGAUCCACAGCUCAAAUUCACUGAAAAGAACUCGAAUCAGAUUGCUUGUAUGAUUCAAGCAGCUAGCGCUUGCGUAAACAGUGAAGAAUCACGUAGGCCUAACAUGGAUGAAAUCAUUGCAAUACUGAGAGGAAAAGAUCCCAGUUGCUUAAGCCGAAACAAGGCUAUUUUGCCGGGUAACAGUAUUGAUUCCUGCACUCAUUUACAACGCACAAAAAGUCAAAUGAAGAGUCACUUCGCAUUGGCCAUGCUAGGAGUCGAAUUUGAGGAUGAUGAUCACCUUUACUGCCGGUGA